AUGGCUUCAGCUUCUCUUAGCAGCGCGAAAUCGCGGCUUCCCAACGAACUUGCCCUUCUCGUAAUCGACCAUCUCGAAGGCAGCAACAAGGCUCUAUGUGCGCUCGCCCAGACGUGUCGUAGCAUGCAGCAUCUGGCUGAAGAGCGACUCUACAAGACAGUCGAGCUUCUCUCAGUCAAGAAUCUCCAUGCCAUCAUCUCAGCCUUCACGCUGCGCCGUGAGCGCAUCCGCGCCGUACAAACACUGAAAAUCCUAUAUCAAUACCAGCCAGGGGACUUGAAAGACAGCGACGAAUUGCGGGGGACGUUCAACGAAUAUGUCGCCGAUAUGGUCAAUCUGCGAGAUUGGCACAUUGAAAGUCCAUAUGACAACUUUCAUUGGGAAGGUGCUGGUGGCGAGGCUUGGGUUGAAGGCGACAUGCAGCGCUUCCGACGCGCACUGGACACUGCAUGCGCAGAAGGCCCCAGAGAGGCAGACAACAUUCUGGCAGAACAACGCCUUGGCAAACAUGUCGAGCGAACCGUAGGACUGGCUUUGCUAGAGCGUCUGACGAUUCAUUCACACGGUGCUGACACGGAUUUCUGGGAGUUCAAUGGUUUUCAUUGUCUCUUUCAACACCCCACCCUUCGCCAUCUUCAUAUCUCUUGCGUUGCUUUUCCGGAUGCAGAAAUUCCCCAACUUGCCACACAUAUCGGCAAAACACCCCUAACAUCACUGUAUUUUGACGAGUGCGAGCUUCAGCCUAAGAGUUUGCUGAGUAUUUUGCGCACACCAGCACGACUCAAGUCAUUGACCCUCGGCGAAAACGUCUUCAAUGUCAACCGGUCGCGGGGUGCCAAACCUAUUCUAUCUAGAGACCCAGGCGCUUCGUUGAAGGCACUAUCGGCUGUUGCGCAUUCACUAGAAAGACUUACACACCUUGACCCUGGGUGGCAUCUAGAUACGAGCCCGCAUGUUUUUCGCAGUGUUCGGCCUCCUGGCGAGGGCAUGCGCAACUUCCAUGCUCUUGACUACAUGGAGUGCGAUACAACUUCAUUCCUGCAUACAGCCGUUGUAAUGAACCGCGAUCUAGCUCCUCCUCAACUUCACACACUUCGAAUCCGUCGACACUGGGAUGUUCCUGUUGAUUUUUGGGAUCAUCCCCCCGACUUCGAUCAUUACGCUGCGCUCCCGUCCCUCGACACCCUUGAACUUAUGCAAUCUUCAUACAUCUGGCUCGAUCUGUCUGAACCAAGCUACAUCUGCAACCCUGAAUCUCUUCGCAAUAGGCAUGCAAAGGCAUACAAACUUUUCAAAGCUGGCAUCAAUCUCCGGAUGCUGAUAGAGUUGCAUAAGAGCCCAAGCCUGAUACCCCCAUAUUUACACAAUGAACGUGUUCCAGUCGUUCAUUGUGUGUACGAUGCCGAUGAAGUGGGUUUCCGUCGGCAUAUAGUAAAUCCGGGCGACAUAGUGAAAUUUGGUGUACCGCCCCCUGAGACGGAUCAAUUAGGCGAACUUGACAUCAACGAGAUAUUAACUAGCACGCGGCGUGAUCUACAUCGCCUGAGGCACAAGUUUGUGCGACCUGGUCGCCGGCUUCCAUUCAUGGAAAUUUUUGAAACCGAUGAAGAGGCUGAUGCACUGGUUGACACGGACGACGAUUUCGAAGUAGACGACCUGGAGGAAGAUGAUGACAUGGAGCUCGACCUUGAGCUGGAUGAAGACGACGGGUUUAUGGACGACGAGAGUCUGCAAUUUUUCGAGCACGAUGGGGAGUUUUACGUCACCAUGUACGAAACGGCUACCGAGGAUGAAGACGAGGAAGAAGAGAUGCACGAUGCGGUAGAAAACCAACAGACUCAUCCUAGCGAUGUUGACUGA